GGAAAGUUUGCAUCGUACUCUAAUAAAGUUCCAUCAGAAUUAAUUCAUCAAACUCAAUUACAAAAAGUAAAAUGCCAUUUCCCUACAAAACUAUACUGGUGGUUGGCGCCACCUCAGGCAUUGGGCUUGCCCUCACUGAGAAAAUGCUUUCCGAAGGAGUUACCAAAAUUAUAGCUUUGGGCCGUCGUCAAGAUAAACUGGAUGACUUACAGAAAAAACAUGGAGAUUCGAAAGUUUCAACCGUGAAAUUUGAUAUUACGAAUCUUGAGGGCAUUCCCAAGAUGGUUGAGGGAGUCCUCAAAUCCCACCCCUCCCUCGACUGCGCAUUCCUCAAUAGUGGAAUACAACGAUCUCUCGAUUUCACCCAACCCUCAUCCAUAGAUCUCGAUCUAAUUUCUACAGAAUUCACGACCAAUUAUCUCUCCUACGUUCAUCUUACUAAAGCACUUCUUCCACAUCUACAGAAUAGAGUCAAGGGUGGCGAAAAUGCCGGAUUGAUAUUCACGACUAGUGGAUUGGCUUUGGUACCCAUUGUGCGAUGUGGAAAUUAUUGUGCAAGUAAAGCUGCUAUGCAUCAAUUAAUUCUCGUUAUGCGGGAACAGUUGAGAGAUGUGGGUCAGAGCGAAGGUGGAAAUACUGCGGAGGAACAGACUUCGGGGGAGAAUAGAAAGAGUAAGGGUGUACAGGUUAUUGAAAUCUAUCCGCCGGCUGUUCAGACGGAGCUACAUGAUGAGAAACAUCAACCGGAUAUCAAAGAUGGCAGGAAUAUGGGAAUGCCGUUGGAUGAGUUUACGGAAGAAGCGUGGAGAGGAUUGGAGAGGGGCGAUGAAGAUGUUCCUGUAGGGACGACGUGGAAGGGAUUUGGGUAUGAGGAGGUGGAGAUGAGGAGGAAGAAAUUGUUCGGCGAAAUGAUGGAAAAGAUGAAGGGGAACUAAGGUUGUGUCAAAGAUGGGAGGGAAGCUAAAGAUACGUUUUCGGGACAGGCAUGGGUGAAAUGUAUAUUGAAUAUUGCGAAUGAUUCAAGUUCGAAAAGCAAUGUGCUUAGACUAUAUAAAGCUGUAGUCGCCUCCGAAAAGUAGCUAUACUCAAGCUCGACAUGAUAGAUGUAUCAUGCAACUGGGAAUCAAGUCGUCCGUCGAAUUAUUUACAGUCCUUCGCGUCCAUAUGCCUCGUCUCUUAGUACUCAAGAUAAUACAAAUAUCCGACAUUUCUCUCAAGCGAGACGCCCUCUCAUCCAUGU